UUGGGCGCAUGCGCGAUGCCUGGAUUGCUUUGGCCGUCAGGAGUGGAGCGGUGUGGUUUGGUCCGGACGCGGGGUCCCGGCAGCUGGUUUGAGCUUCCUCUGUUGUGAAAGGGGAAAGUAGCUUCCGCGGAAAGCGGUUAAAGUUGCGGAGAGGGUGCGAGACGCGAGUUCUCCCCCAUGCCCGCCGAAUGGUGCGGCCCUGAGUUGGUCCCGGAGCCGGCGCGACGUAUCUGAGAGAGGGGGCGGGGAGGUGGCCCGCAGAACGCGGGUUCUGUGAAGAGACGUGGGAAAGAUCCGACUCCGAGAAGAGGAAGAGGAUUGAAAGGGAGCGAGGCCGCUGAGGGGGAGGGGGCUUCUAAGAUGGCGUCGGCCUCCUCUGGGUCGUCGGCGGUCGGGUUUUCAUCCGCGGAUUCCGGGGUCCCUCCCUGCACCUCGUCUUCAGGUUUCAACUUUCUGUGCUGUGGGGUCAACCGUAAGAGAGCAUCUGGAAUCAAGAGACCCAUGGCAUCUGAGGUGCCUUAUUCCUCUAGCAUGUCCAUGAAGAAAAUAGGCCACCGUGGUGUGGAUUCCUCAGGAGAGACAACAUAUAAAAAGACAACCUCUUCAGCUUUAAAAGGUGCCAUCCAGUUAGGCAUUACUCACACUGUGGGGAGCCUGAGUACCAAACCAGAGCGGGAUGUCCUCAUGCAAGACUUCUAUGUGGUGGAGAGUAUCUUCUUCCCGAGUGAAGGGAGCAACCUGACUCCUGCUCAUCACUACAAUGACUUUCGGUUCAAGACCUAUGCACCUGUUGCCUUCCGCUACUUUCGGGAGUUAUUUGGUAUCCGUCCUGAUGAUUACUUGUACUCCCUCUGCAAUGAGCCGCUGAUUGAACUCUGCAACUCUGGGGCUAGUGGUUCCCUCUUCUACGUGUCCAGCGAUGAUGAAUUCAUCAUUAAAACAGUCCAGCACAAAGAGGCGGAGUUUCUGCAGAAGCUGCUUCCAGGAUACUACAUGAACCUCAACCAGAACCCUCGGACUUUGUUGCCUAAGUUCUAUGGACUGUACUGUGUGCAGGCAGGUGGUAAAAACAUUCGAAUUGUGGUGAUGAACAAUCUCUUACCACGGUCAGUCAAGAUGCAUAUCAAAUAUGACCUCAAGGGCUCAACCUACAAAAGGCGGGCUUCCCAAAAAGAGCGAGAGAAACCUCUCCCCACCCUUAAAGACCUGGACUUCUUACAAGACAUCCCUGAUGGUCUCUUUUUGGAUGCCGAUAUGUACAAUGCUCUGUGCAAGACACUGCAGCGUGACUGUUUGGUGCUGCAGAGCUUCAAGAUAAUGGACUAUAGCCUCCUGGUGUCAAUCCAUAACAUAGAUCAUGCACAACGAGAGCCUUUAGGCAAUGAAGCACAAUAUUCAACUGACACUCGCAGACCAGCCCCCCAAAAGGCUCUCUAUUCCACAGCCAUGGAAUCUAUCCAGGGCGAGGCUCGACGAGGUGGCACCAUGGAGACUGAUGACCAUAUGGGUGGCAUCCCGGCCCGGAAUAGUAAAGGGGAAAGGCUGCUGCUCUAUAUUGGGAUCAUUGACAUUCUGCAGUCUUACAGGUUUGUUAAGAAGUUGGAGCACUCUUGGAAAGCUCUGGUGCAUGAUGGGGACACCGUAUCAGUGCAUCGCCCAAGCUUCUACGCCGAACGGUUCCAGCGCUUCAUGUGCACUACAGUGUUCAAGAAGAUCCUCUUGAAGCCCUCUCCUUCCAAAAAGUUUCGGUCUGGCUCAUCUUUCUCUCGGCGAGCAGGCCCCAGCGGCAACUCCUGCGUAACUUACCAGCCACCGGUCUCUGGGGAACACAAGGCACAAGUGACAACAAAGGCGGAAGUGGAGCCAGGCGUCCACUUCGGUCGUCCUGAUGUUUUACCUCAGACUCCACCUUUAGAGAAAAUCAGUGAGGUCUCGACUAUUCCUGACCCCUAUUUCUCACCUGUAGUUGGAGAGACUUUGCAAAUGCUAACUACAAGCUCAACCCUCUUGGAAAAGCAUGAAGUUCCAGAGUCAGAGUUCAUCCAUUGAACAAAAAUCCUCAGAAGACCUGGAGCAAGAUUCUACCAUCUCUGUGAUCCCAAGAUGUCAGCCCUUGACCUAGCAAUGCUGAGUUUUCUUUUUCUUGGUCAUCAAAAAAGUGUAAUGGAGGCUAAGGGGGCUCUCCGUCUCCUCCCUGAAGAAGAACCUCUUCUACUUCCCCUUCCUCAUGAAUGGGCAUUAGUGCCUCGGACAGUUGAGGACAGCAGCAUCCUCUCUACUCCUGAGCUGAGUGGCACAGGUUUUCUACUAGCCAGCCUUGCUUCCACAACUGAAUUGUUUUUAACCCCCCAUUCUUCCUGUUGGAAGUGGGGUUGCUGGACUUGGUCGUUUUCUUCCCCCUCAUCUACCUUUCACCAGGAGCUGGACUCUUAAUUUCCUCAGGACAGACUGGCUGGUACAUUAUCCCGACCUUAGCUCUUUUUCUGUGGGAGAAGACCCCUGUAAUCUUUGUAAAGGUUUUUUUGGGGGUAAGGGUGUUUAACCACCUCCCAGCCUUCUUCUUUUGGUUCCUUAAAAAAGGAAAAGAAAAAUAGCACACAAUUUCAAGCCAGACAGUUUCAGAUCAAAACUCCGUAAGUAUUGGAGAGAUGUGUAUUCAUAGGGUUCCCUCAGAAGAGCCCUGGUGUUUGAGAAACAGAAGCUGCUCUGCCAGAAGCAGCUCCUCUUUAACUCCUCCUCUCUUAAUGAAUUUCUGAAAGCUGAAGGAAUGGAGAGAGUGGGACAUGGGGUAAUCUUUACCCCUUUCGUUAAACAGUGGGGCAGUCAUAGGGCUAAAAGAUCAGAACCCUUCCUACGCAGGACCCUACUCACGACCAGGCCAUAAUGAUUAUCACUGUUUUGCAAUUUGAAAUGUAUUCUGCUUGUUUUUCUAAAUAAUGAAGACUUAUCAAAUGAAUUUUAGAUUCUUCUCCAAAGGAGAUUUCUUCCUUGCUCUUACCACCUUUUCCAACAGCGUUCUGCUGUUCGUGGAGCAGAGAUGGAGAAGGGGACACCUGUGUCUGUUUAAUAGGUAGUCCAUAACUGUGAGGCUAGAGAAUAUUCUCUUUUUUUUUUUCUUUUUUUUUGCGGUACGCGGGCCUCUCACUGCUGUAGCCUCUCCCGUUGCGGGGCACAGGCUCCGGACGCGCAGGCUCAGCGGUCAUGGCUCACGGGCCUAGUGCUCCGCGGCAUGUGGGAUCUUCCCAGACCGGGGCACAAUCCCGUGUCCCCUGCAUCGGCAGGCGGACUCUCCACCACUGCGCCACCAGGGAAGCCCGAGAAUAUUCUCUUAAACUCAUGGAGAGCCAGCAGAUCCUUGCCUUAGUGAGGUCAUUGCUGUGCCACAUGCCCUGCUGCCUCUCUUCAUGCAGAGAACGUGGAAACGGGCUGUGUAAUCCCUCUCCUCCCCACGUUCUCCAUCUGAUCCUCCUCCCCCUGUCAGGGGAAGAAGGGGGCCUGGCAUCUCAGGCAGAUUGUUGAAUCCCUGUCCUGUCCCCUCUCCAUCCCACCCUGCCUUGAUAGUAGGUUAGCUCAUACCCCGAGUAACUGUCUAUAUUAGACACCCCAGCCAGUUUCUGGCUGCCUGUCUUUGCUGCCAUGUUCUUUUUUACAAGAAGAAAAGAAACAAUUCUUGCUAUUUUUUUUUCAUAAUUUACUAUUUAUGAUGUAUUUAAGUGUUUUAUUCAGGACAGAGUUCUGCAGGGGGUGGGAGGGAAUAUUUGAGGGAGGCUGGGUCUUAGGGAAGGGAAUGGGGAGUCAACAUUUUUAUGAAGUGUCACUAUUUGCCUCUACUUUGUAUUGUUCAGAAAUGGCAAAUACAAUAUAAAAGUGAUAAAUA